AUGCCUACCGCUGACCGGGCCUUGGCUUAUACCGUCUCUACUAGGGAUUUUGAUAUGAUAAGAGCCAUGAGUCUGCGACCUGUAACAGAACGAAAACCCUUCCAACUGCCUGCCAUGGGUCGGCGAGGUGCUGGUAUUCUCCUCGGGCAUAGUAUCAACCCCAAUCCCGAUGCUGGCGUGCACGACACGAACAAGCCUCGCGAGGCCUGGGCUCUCAAGUCUGGCCUAUACACACCCCGUCAGCUCGUCGAGAGCUUUGCUCCGCUGCUUGAUACUGUCGUCUUUCGCAUGGGCCCUGACCCUCCCGACGUUCGGUCGUCACGAUGCCAGUUGCUGGACAAUCUUGCUGCGAACCUGGACACCAACACGCGCGAAGCUUCAAUGCACUUCCCCAACAAAGACCUCGACGACUCGCGCACAGAGAUCGCCGACCAAGCCCGGAGAAUCGGUAAAACGCUGGUGCAAUACGCACGCAGCCACACCGGUGCUGUUUCAAAUCCCGACCUGUACCUCCGCAGUCCAUGUGAAGGCCACCUGCUCACGAAGCCGAAUGUUGAUCUGAUGUUUGGGCCUCGCAGCGCCCCUCACCUGAUGCAGCUGUUCAACGAGUAUAUGCACCAGAUGGUCCUUCUGCGCGACGCCCUCCUACCUUUCAAGAACUACGAAGACGUCGUUAUUCCUAUUAAUGGUCAAGCUGCUCGGGGUAUGCGCUACCUGGAGCCUCGCCGUUCUGAAUUCCUCGUCCAGCUUUGGACCAAACAGGUAUCGCAGGUGGCGGUUGUCAAGCUCGCACAGGCCCUUCUGGCGCCGGGUAUCCUUGGACAGGAUGCCGUGGGCUCGACAAGUAGCCGAGGAUACGGCUUCCAGUACGCCCACGGUCUUGUUCUCCCUGCGGUUUUGGCUGGUGGGGACACCCCGUUCCAUCUCCUACAGUAUAUUCCGGCUCGGCUGGUUGAGGUUUCUACCGAUGAUAUUGUUUUCGAUUACAAAAUGCAGGACUACUACCUUGCCCCUCGCGUGGAAAUCUCUGCUGGAGUUGCAGCAGCGCAGGCUCCGGCUUCUUACCCGCUAGACACAGGGAGCCAUUCUGUCCAAAGAGCCACCAUCGAAGUUCGGCCAGUGGUGCCUCGUUUGGCCUCUUCAUCAGUCGCAACCCGACAACUGGAACUGCGUCUGGAAUUGGAUUCUGGCACGUCCAUCUCCGUGGACGUCGGGCAAGUCUGUCGCGGUCAUCGAUACGCAUACAUGGCACACCGAGCGUCUUCGGCAUCUGUAUCUGGAAAUGGUAACCGGGCUAUGAAUAAUGAAGCCGAAGCCGAAGCACCCACGGUCAUCGUGCAUGAUGCCACCUCUGUCAUUAUUCAAUCCAAGGAGCAAGGCCUUGUCACUGCGAAAGGAGGGUUGCAUGUCAUCACCACCCAGGAUCCACUUAUCUCUUUGGCCUUAUUGGGAAUCCUCUAUCAUGGAAAUGUGGUACUUCUCCCGAAGGAUGAGGGGUUGGAGCAAGCAGAGAAUGCUGGGAAGGGGCUGGAGCCCAAGUUUAUACUCUGGGGUGGCGUGGAGCGAGGUGGGCUAAGAGGAAGAUUCUAA